UAAUGUAGCUUUUUGGUUUAGCUUUACAACAAUAAGAAACUGAUUUUCUGGUCACAGUGCAGCCUGACAAUUUCGCAAGUACACCUGUUCAGAAAAUAUUUGAUACCCCCUGUUAUAGAAGCUAUUAGCAAAGCAGGUUUUGUCGUAGACUCAGAUAUAGCUUCCCCGCUGCCCGAGUAACAGAAUUAAGCAAACCUCUGGAAUACUGGUCGAUGCUGCCACCAACACAGUUCAGUUUUAAGCUGUUCAGUUGCUGGAUUUCCAGUCAUUCCUGUAGUGCUUGAAUACACCAAUGAAACAAAGUCGAGCAAAGAGUCAUUUCUAAAGCAGCUGAACAUACUAAGCUGAUCCACAACUGGAGCACAGAUGCCCUUAAUCAAGAUGAUUUGGAUAUUUGCUUAGGCAAGAAUUGAGUUGCAAACACUAGCCGAUGCACUGACUCAGAAUCAGAGAUGGCGCAUUUGGUGUUCAACGACUCUUCACUUUUAGCUUCAAUUGGAAGAUCCAACGAGAGCCGGUCUGUCAUAACUAAACAAAUUAACGGGGAAGAUAUUGAUCUCAAUUUAUCUACAGCAUCAAUUUCAAUUGUGGCUUGCUUUCUAUGUGUUGUGAUUGUCUUAACUGUACUUGGGAAUAGCGCUGCUCUAAUUGCAUUUUCUAUAUACAGACCGCUGCGGACUGUUACCAACUACUUCUUAAUCAAUUUAUGCAUUUCUGAUAUAACUGUUGCAACAAUCUGCAUGCCUUUUUGGAUCUCAUACAUCUUGACUGGUUGGCCCAGUGCCUUAAAUGGCGGCGUCUAUGAAUUUUGGAUGUGUCUUGAUAUAUUCUGUGGCACUUGGUCUAUCAUGAGUCUUGCAAUGAUCAGCAUUGAGAGAUACACUUGUGUUGGCUUCCCUCUCUACUACCAGAGUCUUGUGACAAAAAAAAGGACUUUGAUCAUGGUUGCUUUCGUGCUUUUUUACAGCACGAUUUCAUCUCUCCUUGGCUAUGCCCAAUUCGUUUCUCAGACCCCAAAAUUAUCAAUAUCAAUUUUUACCCUAUCUUUUGUUGUACCCGUCAUCAUCAAGUCCUAUACAUAUGGUAAGAUCUACAAAGAAGCAAAAAAACAGCAAAAGUUUAUCAAUCAAGAAGAGAAAGACAGAGUCAGACUUUUAGCACAAAAGCAUCUGUUUUCUGCUGGAAGAAGUUUGGAUGAAAAGCCUGCUUCCAUACAAGAUACGAAAAUGCAGUGUGAGCUUAAGGCUAGCAGCCAUGAAGUCACCACAAAGCAAGCUGAAAGUAUAUCUGCAGUUAUCCAGCAACCAGACAAAAUGUCCAUUGACCAUAAAGUACAGAAGACAGAAAGCUGCAGAUUAAGAGUACUUACUUGCUACAACCCAUCUCAGCAUCAAGUUAAUUCUACAAUUACAUAUGUAAAACAAGACAAUAUGAUCCAAAAAGGAAAACUAAACUGCUGUUGUCGAAGGAAAAGACUAGAUAAUCAGUCCCCAACAUCAAAGCCUUUGUCAUCUGGUGACACAGAUAUUACAUACGAGUAUUCGGGCCUUCAGCUAGGCGAGAAAUGCUGCUCAGAGUCGGUUGAUGAUCUGAGAAAGCUCGGCAUUGAUGACUGGAAUGCAUACUUAGAUGGAUUAGAGGGCCUACCGGCAGCAGUGGUGGAGGAAGCAACAGAAAGCCAGGAAAAUUCCAAGAGCCCGUCAAAGGAAAAAGUGUAUGGUGAUUGUCAAAGCAAAGCCUUUGAUUCCUCGAGCAGCAAAAAGGUGAUACUUCCAAUUGACAGUUGUAAUCCAUCAAUGUUAGAACAAGACACCAAACCAAGCAGUGAACGCACAAAGUCUCAACAGACAACCUUCGUCGAUCCUCUGCCAAAGUUGAAAAGGAAACAGCAAUCUUCGAGAUUUCUACGUGCUCGAUCUGUAAAAUUCUUCAAGUCUGAGAGUAUUAUUGAAAUGAAACAACAAGGACUGUGUCGUUUUAAACGCUUACAAAGAGAAGUUAAAGCAUCCAAAGUGAUUGGACGGAUAAUAGGCACGUUUCUUCUGCUUUGGACUCCGUUUAUGGUGGUUGUUGUUAUGACCAGUCUAGAUAUCAAGGUGUCCAUGAAAACAGUCAUAACGACCAAGUGUCUGCAUUAUGCCAAUAGCGCCAUCAACCCUAUACUCUACGUUGUUUUCAACAAGAACUUUAAAAAGGCUUUGAGUCGGCUGCUACGCAUGAUGUGCUAGACUGGCAGCUUUUUAUCACAUUGCCAGGUCAGUGACCCAGUAAACGACUUACUGGCAAAACCAGAUGCUUUCGUUUAGAAAUGUAAUGUUUCGUUGAAGAAAGUCCUUAAUGGAUUAUCUAAGAAAUCUGAAACUUCAUCAUUUAUUUGCCAAUCCUGAUGCUUUCUUGCUUACAAAAGAUGUAGUAAACAUUUGAUCUUUCUAAGCUUGAUGAAUCUUUGAAUCUUUCUGGGUGACAAAUUAAUCUAAAGGCUGCAUACACUAGAAAAGCUAUCAGCAAAAAUGUUUAACAUCUCCAUCUUAGCAAGUUUCGACUAAAGCUAUGGCAAAGACCAACCAACAAAGAUACAGUAGAGUGGAAGAAAAAACUUUGUACUACAUAAAGCAACAGACUAAUGUAACAUCUUCUAACAAUAUUUUACAGUAUUAAUAUUGUACAAUAUUGUACAAUGCUUAACAAGUUUAUUUGAGUUUAUUUCCACUUAUUCAUUAAGUCAGCUUUAUUGAAUUUAAUGCAUCUUCGACACAGUGUUGACAAGGAAACGUGCCCUUGCAAUGAAAUUCCCAAGAUUUGAAUUAUAGAGAAGCUUCGGCCCAUUUGCUCAUUUUCUGGUGCACUGCCCAACUUAAAUUACCCUUAACCUCCUCCCCCAAUCAAAGCUAAGUGCAUAGUAUCAAAGUCGUAUGACUUUUUACAGAAAAUGAUUUUAAAUCAGUACAUUUAUUUACUAUUCUGUUAUUUAAUAGAUAACGGUAAUUGAGAGCCGGUCCCAUAAGGUUCCAU